CGUGGCCUCGUUCGGUCUAGUUUGCGUCAUUCGGCGCAUGCGCGCAGCGCGCUCUUCCUGCAAUGGCGGCCCCCAUCGGAAGGUUGCCUCUGCUGCUCCAGUGCCGGUGGUUCCGCUUCCCUCGCUGGGCUGAGGCAAGGAUGCGGCUAAAGGAGGCCCGAUUCAGCUCCACGGAGGUCGUUGCAGCCGCAGCAGCCGCACUGGGAGAGCAGCAGGCCUCUAGCAGCGAGGAGGCGGCGGCACCAUCCCUAUUAGCGCCUGAUACUGAAACUGCCACAAGGAAGAAGACCUUUGGUGAGGUGCAAGCAGAAAGACGGGAACAAGCACAAAGGACAGUGUUAAUUAACUGCCCGACCAAAAUCAACGAAAAAAAGUUUCUCAAAUACUUGUCAUCGCAUGGAAUUGUUAAAAAUCACUUCUUCUAUGAAAGUUAUGGUUUGUAUGCGUUGGUAGAGUUUUCUGAAAGAGACAGUAUAGCUUCACUGCAGGAGUCCACGGAGAUCCCGCGGCUUCAAGAUGAUUGUCCUGUUCCAUUUAAAUCUAGAAUUUUUACUUUAACAUUGAAAAAUUCACCAAGCCAAGCUUCAGAACCAAUUCACUGCCAUAAACAGUCCACCAUUUCAUUUGGAGAGCUGAUAAAGAAACUUUGUAAUGCUGACAGUAUGAGUGACCAGUUGUAUAUGCUCACAGAAGCAUAUCAGCUGACCGAAGAAAACACUAGGCUCCGGUUUUUGACCUGUUCUUUAGUUCAAGACAUUGCGGGUGCUUAUUUUCCAGACUGCUCUGUGAAACCCUUUGGCUCUUCUGUGAACUCCUUUGGCAAACUGGGAUGUGAUUUAGACAUGUUUUUGGAUCUGGAUAAAACUGCAAAAAGCACUAUCAGGAGGAAAACAGGUCCUUUUAACCUAGAGUACCAAAUGAAGAGAGUACCUUCUGAACGAAUAGCAACACAGAAGAUUCUUUAUGUGAUUGGGGAAUUUAUCGAUAACUUUGGCCCUGGGUGUAUAGGUGUGCAAAAGAUACUGAAUGCUCGCUGUCCACUGGUCAAAUUUUCCCAUCAGCCUUCAGGAUUCCAAUGUGACUUGACAGCUAACAAUAGGAUUGCCAUGAGAAGUUCGGAGCUCCUCUAUAUCUACGGCAGCCUCGACCCACGUGUCAGAGCUCUUGUGCUGAGUGUGCGGUGCUGGGCACGAGCCCAAGGAAUCACAAGUAGCAUUCCUGGCGCAUGGAUUACAAAUUUUGCUCUAACGCUGAUGACUGUGUUUUUUCUGCAAAAGAGAAACCCUCCCAUUGUUCCAACCUUGGAUCAGUUGAAGGUGCUGGCUGAUGCAGAAGAUAAGCAUGUAAUUGAAGGUUUUGACUGUACGUUUGUUAGUAACUUGAACAAAAUUAAGCCUACAAGAAACACAGAAUCAUUGGAUGUGCUCCUGGGGGACUUCUUUGAAUACUUUGGGAAUUUUGCUUUCAAUAAGUAUUCACUAAAUAUUCGGAAGGGGAAAGAGCAGAACAGGCCGGAAGCAUCUGCACUCCAUAUACAGAAUCCCUUUGAACAGAGCCUUAACGUCAGCAAGAAUGUCAAUGCAACCCAGCUGGAGAGAUUUGUCACUUUGGCUCAAGAGAGCGCCUGGCUCUUGCAGCAGGAAGGCCGGGGUCCUCCUUCAAGCCGCUCUCAGUCCUGGGGCCUGGCAGCCCUCCUCCAGGCCACACAUGGCAGCAGCAGCAACAAGGGCAUCAGGAGGAAGCGCGGACCCGCCAGUGAACGGAUCAGGAGCUUGCUGGACUCCUUAAAAGUGACUCACACCAAUGGCGGGAAAAGGCCCCUUAGCACUCUGGUGCGGUAGCUGUGGCAGCAUCCUGAGGACUCCCUCGGGGACUGGGUGGCUCAGCAUCUCUGAAGCCUGUGUGGCAGUCAAUGGAAACCAGGAGCCCCUUCUGGGCCGUCUUCAACUGGGAGGCGAAUGGGUUUAACCUUGCUUUGCUUCCUUGGCGUUUGCAGCUGUCCUUUUGGAUGGGAGACGUCCAGCUUUUUAUGGACGUCCUUGUUUCAUUCAAGUCAGAAAAGAAGGGAGAAUUGACCCGAGAAGAGGACUUUAGGAAUAUUCUUAUUUAAGAGGGGUGGGGCGAAGCAAAGCAGCCCAGCAGCCUCCCUCCAGGGAAGCUUUGUAUCCGCCAACACACAGAUGCACUGCAAACUGUUUUUUAAAAUCAAUAUGCUUGUGUCUUUUUUUUUUUUUUUUUUGUAACGGUCCCAUUUCUAUAAAUGCUGGAAGAUAAAAUAAAGUGAGCAGUGGUUGCA